ACGCGGUUCGGAACAGUUUAGAAAAACGCGCUAGUACUAUUUUUUUUUUGUUUUCUACCAGCACAUCUUGCUCAGGUUAGUUUGCGUGGGGUCCGUGUUCGAGUCAAAGGCUGCAAAUGGACGUGUUUUCGGCGAUAAACGAUGCCGAGGAAUAACGUCAACCUGAACAUCGUUAGCCUAAUAGCAUCAUUACCCAUUUCAUUUGGAACGUACUUCCACAAUAUCAAUAAAAAGAUGGAGAAGCAGCUCUCGGAGGCGGAGGCGCACUGUCAAGAAGAUAACCAAGACUCCACUGAGCCUGAAGCCCGAGCAGGCUGGAACAGUAAAAUCGAGUACUUUUUGGCUCAAGUGGGAUUCAGCGUUGGGCUUGGCAACGUCUGGAGGUUUCCGUAUUUGUGCCAUCAAAAUGGAGGAGGAUCUUUUUUGUUGCUCUAUGUGCUGAUGAUGCUGGUUGUGGGUAUUCCCUUGUUCUUCCUGGAGCUGGCUGCCGGUCAGGCCAUCCGGCAGGGAAGCAUCGGCGUGUGGAAGUCCAUCUCCCCACGGCUUGUAGGGAUUGGCUACUCCAGCUGUGUGGUCUGCUUCUUUGUGGCUCUCUACUACAACGUAAUCCUCGCAUGGAGCCUUUUCUACCUCGGCAACUCCUUUCAGUCCCCUUUACCUUGGACAAGGUGUCCAGAGGAGGCGAACGUGACACUUUACAAAUGUCAGGCCAACUCCACGACGUCCUACUUUUGGUACCGCAAAGCGUUGGAUAUCAGCGACUCCAUCAACGACACGGGCUCGUUCAACCCGUACGUCGUCGGCUGUCUGCUGGCCGCCUGGGUCGUCGUGUGCCUGGGAAUGUUCAAGGGGAUCAAGAGCUCCGUCAAGGUGAUGUAUUUCUCCUCCAUCUUUCCCUACGUGGUGCUGUUCUGCUUCCUUGUACGAGGUCUUCUCCUUGACGGGGCCUUGGAAGGAAUCACCUACAUGUUCUACCCCAAGAUGGAGCUCUGGGCCAAUAUGCAGGUGUGGCGCCAGGCGGCCACCCAGGUCUUCUUCGCUCUGGGCUUGGGCUUCGGAUCCAUUAUCGCUUAUUCCUCCUACAACCCCAAGAGCAACAACUGCCACCGCGAUGCCUACACCGUGUCGUUCAUCAAUUUCUUCACAUCAGUGCUUGCCACCCUGGUGGUGUUCGCCGUGCUCGGCUUCCGUGCCAAUAAGAUUGUCUUGGAGUGUGUGGUGAGGAACCUGAAGCUGCUGUUGGCGCAGGCCCAAAGCGGUGAUGCGGACCAAAGCAUGUUGCCAAGCUUCAACCACUCGGACCCCGGCUCUUUCGGCCUGGAGGCGUACAGGAGCUGGUUCGAAGAACACAGAAGCCGCAUCCCAGACAACAUAUCUGAGUGCGACCUGGAAAAGGAGAUGCAGAAGGGUGUGCAGGGGACGGGCCUCGUUUUCAUCGUCUUCACCGAGGCCAUGUCUUUGUUGCCCGGUAGUCCCUUUUGGUCUGCGCUCUUCUUCCUCAUGCUGCUCAACUUGGGCCUCAGCACCAUGUUCGGCACCAUGGAAGGCAUCCUGGCCCCGCUCACGGACCGCUUCAAGACUCUGGCAAACAACAAGACCAAAUUCACAGUUUUGAGCUGCCUCAUCGGCUUCCUGAUUGGCCUGCUGUUCACCCAACGCUGCGGGAACUACUUCGUCAUGAUGUUCGACGAUUACUCAGCCACUUUGCCUCUCAUCAUCGUGGUGGUGUUUGAGAAUUUCAGCGUGUCUUGGCUGUAUGGCGCCGACAGGUUUCUGGACGACAUCGAGGGGAUGCUGGGUUGGCGUCCGUCUGCGGUCUACAAGUACCUGUGGAAGUACAUUUGCCAGCCGGCCAUGUUGGCGCUGCUCGGAGCUACGAGCAUUCGCAUGUUCAUCAAUGCGCCAACUUACAUGGAGUGGCAUCAAGAGACGGUUUCUGAGCGGGCGGUGCCAUACCCGGGCUGGGCUCUGGCCGUCUUAGCCUCGCUCAUCAUAUUUGCCAUGUUGCCCGUCCCGCUGGGCUUCGUCUACACUCUUGUGCAGGACAGGAACAGGGCUCGCUCCGGCGGGAUAGCGGCGGACGAGUACAGAAUUGUCAGCACCAAGAAUGAAACCCCCAUGACCGAUGUGUCGAACGCCAACCAAUGGAGCGGGGACGCGGCUUCAGCCUAAAUCGGGAUGUUCGGUACAAAAUGACCUAUCCAAAGUUAAUAUUUGCACUUUGAGCGUGUCAAUUUGUUUUUCAAGCAUGUGGCCUUUGAGCAACACAAUUUCAUUUGGGGAUGUUUCAUGGGGUCAUUGCCAUAAUCAGCAGCCAUGUGACGUACUGCGUUCUCGAUACGGAAGAUUCAGGCCGCUGUAUUCAUUCCCAUUACCCACAGUUACAAAGAUAAGCUUACUUUGUGUUGCCACUGGCAACACCGUAUUCAUUGACCAACAUUAGUGAUUCACGGUCCUUUGUCGAGGUUGCUUACAAGUGUGAUUGAUGUUUUUCCUCCGUCUUGCCAACCCGAAACUCUUCUCUAUGUGAAUAGUUAAUGUAAGACAAAUGAAAUCAUGAGCCUCUCGGUCAUUUGUGAGUUUUUAUAAAUACGACCCCAAUUCCAAUGACGUUGGGACGUUGUGUUAAACAUAAAUAAAAAACAGAAUACAAUGAUUUAAUUGAAUACACUACAAAGACAAGGUAUUUAACGUUCAAACUGAUACACUUUAUUGUUUUUCGCAAAUAAUCAUUAACUUAGAAUUUUAUGGCUGCAACACGUUCCAAAAAAGUUGGGACAGGGUCAUGUUUACCACUGUGUUACGUCACCUUUUCUUUUAACAACAUUCAAUAAACAUUUGGGAGCUGAGGCCACUAAUUGUUGACGCUUUGUAGGUGGAAUUCUUUCCCAUUCUUGCUUUAUGUACACCAUCAGCUGUUCAACAGUCCGGGGUCUCUGUUGUCGUGUUUUACGCUUCAUAAUGCUGCCACACAUUUUCAAUGGGACACAGGUCUGGACUGCAGGCAGGCCAGUCUAGUAGCCGCACUCUUUUACUACAAAGCCACGCUGUUGUAACACGUGCAGAAUGCGGUUUGGCAUUGUCUUGCUGAAAUAAGCAGGGGCGUCCAUGAAAAAGAUGUUGCUUGGAUGGCAGCAUAUGUUUCUCCAAAACCUGUAUGUAUCUUUCAGCAUUAAUGGUGCCUUCACAGAUUUGUAGGUUACGCAUGCCAUCGGCACUAACCAAGGUCCAUACCAUCACAGAUGCUGGCUUUUGAACUUUGCGUCCAUAACAGUCCGGAUGGUUCUUUUCCUCUUUGGCCCGAAGGACACGACGUCCACAGUUUCCAAAAACAAUUUGAAAUGCAGACUCCUCGGACCACAGAACACUUUUCUACUUUGCGUCAGCCCAUCUUCGAUGAGCUCGGGCCCAGAGAAGCCGGCGGCGUUUCUGGGUGUUGUUGAUAAAUGGCUUUUGCUUUGCAUAGUAGAGUUUCAAGUUGCACUUACGGAUGGAGCGCCGAACUGUAUUUACUGACAUUGGUUUUCUGAAGUGUUCCUGAGCCCAUGCGGCGAUAUCCUUUACAGAUUGAUGUCAGUUUUUGAUUCAGUGUCGCCUGAGGGAUCGAAGGUCACGGGGAUUCAAUGUCGGUUUCCGGCCUUGCCGCAAACAUGCGGUGAUUUCUCCAGAUUCUCUGAACCUUUUGAUGAUGAUAUGGACCGUAGAUGAUGAAAUCCCUAAAUUCCUUGCAAUUGUACGUGGAGGAACAUUGUCCUGAAACUGUUCGACUAUUUUCUCACGCACUUGUUCACCAAGAGGUGAACCUCGCCCCAUCUUUGCUUGUGCAUGACUAAGCAUUUCAGGGAAUCUCCUUUUCUACCCAAUCCGAGCACCCACCUGUUCCCAAUGAGCCUGUUCACCUGUGGGAUGUUCCCAACAGGUGUUUGAUGAACAGUCCUCAACUUCCUCAGUCUUUUUUUGCCACCUGUCGCAUCUUUUUGGGAACGUGUUGCAGCCAUAAAAUUCUAAAUGAAUGAUUAUUUGAUUAAAAACAAUCAAGUGUAUCAGUUUGACCAUUAAAUAUCUUGUCUUUGUAGUGUAUUCAAUUCAAUAUAGGUUGAACAUGAUUUGCAAAUCAUUGUGUUCUGUUUUUAUUUGUUUAACACAACGUCCCAACUUCAUUGGAAUUGGGGUUGUAGAAAUGUAUUAUGUGGGCCAUUUUUAGCAACCCGUCCUUUCAAAGCUUUCAGAGAUUAUUAUUAUUAUGGUCAAGGAAGAAGCCUAUUUAUUUUUGAAUGGUGUUUGUAAAAAUCGGUUUCACUCCACAGGUCAUAUUUUCAGUUUUCAACAUGAAGACAUUGACCAGACUCUAAUUCCAAUUCAUGUUGGACUAUUCGGAUUUUUAUAUAUAUAUAUAUAUAUAUAUAUAUAUAUAUAUAUUAAUAGGUUUAUUAGAGCUAAGGUGUUGUUUCAUGUACAUGUUUACUGCUUAAGAUGAAUGUACAGAUGUCAAGUGGCCUUAAUUUUGUUUAUAAAAAAAAACAAAAAAAAACACUUGUGGCAUGUAAAGUUUUUAACAUUUGAACAAAUGGAAUUUGCCUUUAUGUAAUGUUUUUUAUGAAAACCUUUUCUCAUUAAAGCAGUUCU